CGGCCCACGAAUGGCCAUUGCUCCAAUUCGAAACCCUUCCCUUGUUUUCGUCACAGCGCCCAUCGCGUACCCUCCGCCGGCUGCACCUUUUGCUUGACGUCGACGCCGGCGAGAGUUUUGAGGUGGCGUGGACGCCGGCGAGAGUUUUUGAGUCGACUGGAUUUGUGGGCGCCGGAAGGUGGAGAGGGCUGGUCGCCGCACUUAGCGUUUGUAUCCAGCGGGAUCCUCGUUUUAAUCCUGGUUUGCGUUGUUGCUGCGUGCUCUGAGCGGGAUGAAGCGCUCCUUAGCCACAGCAGUGGUCAAUCACUUCAUCUUCAUGUUGAAUCUACCAUCCCGUGAGAUGAUUCCCUUCGAUUCUUCGAAACCAAUGCUCUGAAGAUAUCGCAGGGUGUGCUCGCAUCGCCCGGAACUAUAUCUAGCCGCAAAACCCUAACAGUGUAACCUUCAGCUUUGGCGGUUGGGCCCCUUCCCUCUUGAUGAAAGUUCCCUGCAAGGGGUUUCUUGGUGUUUUUUCGAUCUCUCAUCAGUUCAUCAAUGCUGCAAGGAAGAACACAGAUAAUUGUUGGCCUGUUGGUCUGUUUUCUGGAGGCUUUCAGGCUUGUUAUACCACACUGCCACAUUCGUUAGCAUCUUUCGAGCGAAAGCCAAAACAAACAGAUGAAGAAUCUAGAGAUGCACAUCACAUCAGACGAGUGAUCUUGAAAGAUCAGAAUGCCACAGUUGAUGCUGUUGUUCAAUCCUUGCUGUCUGAUCAAUUUUGCAGCCAAAUUCAGCUUACAGCUAAGCUCGUCGAUGAUCUACUGCAGAAUUUUGGAGACGAUUGGAAAUCUGCUUUGGGCUUCUUUGAGUGGGUUAGUUCGCGCAAUGGAUACGAACACACACAAUUCGCUCAGAAUAGGAUGGUGGACUUGCUGGGGAAAAUGAGGCAGAUGGGUAGGAUGUGGGACUUAGUGCAGAAAAUGCAUUGCGGAGGCUUCCUUACAACUGAAACAAUCUCGAAAGUUAUGAGAAGACUUGCCGGUGCUAAGAGAUGGAAAGACUUGAUACAGUUCUUCGAUGAGCUGGAAUCGAUCGGCUUCGCCAGGGACACAGAAACCAUGAAUCUAUUACUCGACACCCUUUGCAAAGAGAAGAAAGUCGAUGUGGCUCGAGAAGCAUUUUCGGUACUCAAGCCCCACAUUGCUCCCGACGCUUAUACUUUCAAUAUUUUCGUUCAUGGCUGGUGCAACGCAUGGAGGAUGGACGAGGCGAUGUGGACUAUCGAAGAGAUGAAAGGAUUGGGAUUUAGCCCUUCGGUUAUCACUUAUUCGACUAUUGUUCAAGCUUAUUGCAGCCGGUUAAAGUUUGGGAAGGCUUAUGAAAUCCUCGAUAGAAUGAUGGCUGAAGGUUGUCGUCCAAAUAUCAUCACUUAUACGACUCUGAUGAAUACACAUGCUAAGUCUGGACAAGUUGGCGAGGCAUUGAGUGUAGCCGACAAAGUGAAAUCUUCUGGUUGUAGACCCGACGCACUCUUCUACAACUCUCUUAUCUAUAUUUUGGGAAAAGCAGAUCUACUAUCGGAAGCCCUUCAUAUCUUUGAAGUAGAGAUGAAAUCGAAAGGUGUCGAUCAUAACACCCCGACAUAUAACACGAUGAUCUCGAUUCUUUGCCGCCACAAGCAAUGGAAAAAUGCACUGAGUGUCUUGGAGGAAAUGGAGACCUCAUCAUGUAAGCCUGAUCUUCAAACAUACAUGCCGCUACUCAAGUUGUGCUUUGGUGAAAGAGAGCUAGACGGUGAUCGGUUCGACUACUUGCUAAAUAACUUGGUUUAUAAACACCAACUCAGUUUCAAUCGUGAUGCCUAUACGGCACAAAUACAUCGCUUAUGCCGGGUAGGUGAUAUCCGGUGGGCGAUGCGCCUCUUUGAUGAGAUGAUCGAUCGAGAGAUACAACCGCGGAGACGGACAUGCCAGAUUCUUUUGCAAGAAGUCGAGCAAAGGAACAUGUAUGAGUAUGCAGAAAAGAUUAGAAGUUUGAUGAAGCAAUUGGGCAUUCCCUAUUAGCAAA